UUUGGUUUUUCUACUAGGAGGGACGGGAUGUUGUAGAACUCGAUAGAUUCUUAUCAGAUAGCACAUCAAAGAUAGGAGUGAAUUCUACUCAGUGUCUAUUCAAAGGAUGUGAGUUUCUAAGUACAAAAUGGAGGAUCCGAUUCGUAAACCCUCUUAUAGGAAACCAUCUAUUUCAAGAUUGUCGUCUCUGAACGAAAACUUACAAUCUAUUUCUGAUAAUGAAGAUUGUGCGUUUGAAACCGAAAGAAGUACAAAGAAAGUGCGUAAGUUUUCAAGAAAACAAAGUCGGAGUAAUAUUAUGCUCGGAGCAUUGAAGAAAGACUUACAAGAGAUUGAAGCGAACCCAGCAAUAAGAAAACACAGAAAAAGUAUACAAAGAAUUGAUUCACGUGAAAAUCAGGUGAAUCGAAAUCUUGAGGUGUUUAAUGAAACGGUGUCAAGAAUGUCAUGGCCUCGUGACCAACAGAAGCGACGUCGCUAUAGUAGUUUCGGCGGUCUAACGUCACGUUCACGACGGAAAUCAUCGGUUUCAAGUGUUUCAUCAGGUGAAAUAGUUCUAACGGAUAGGGAAUUAAGAAAAAUUACCAUGAUGCAAACACUUCAAAAUAUGGGAGUGAAAUUUCCAAAGAAACGUCCCCAAAACGUCCCUCAAAGUCCAACAAUGAAUGAAGUCGAGGUUAUGGAAAACAUGCAGUUAAGAAAAAGACAUAGUUUAUCUACAAGAAUGUUAGAAGCAACGAAACUAGUUGAAAAAAGAAGACAACCCGAGACUCUCAAACCACUUGACAAUAUUAUCAGAGAGGUGACAGAAGUUAGCGAAAUGGUAACAGCUUCUUCGUCUGAUGAGAAGAAAAAAGGAAGUCGUCCAUCUUCUAAUGAGAGUCAAAGCAGCAACGUUAUGAGAGCAGUACCACGAGCAAAUUUCCAACCAAGACAUAGAGCCUCAAUCGCAGGGACAUCUGUAGCUAUGGAAGGUAUUGGUGCCUUUAGAAAAAGGAUCAAAAGAAGGAAGACACGUCCAAUACAGAAGUUUAAACGUCUUGCCAAAUUUCUGGUUGUUUUACUUCGUUCAUGGAGAGUCCAUGCACAAUCAGUACAUGAAAUCCUUUUGUCUUUUGAUAAUAUUGACGCAGUUACGAAUACUUCAAAUUCCGAGGUGGAACUCCUGUUUGAUAUCAGUGAAUAUAAAGCUGCUAAAGAGGCAAAAAUUUCCAAUGAAUUGAAAAGAAUAUUGAACAAGAAACCAGGAACGAGAACAAAGGAUGAGGUUUACUAUAUACAAAUUGCACUACGGAAUUACAAGUCAAUAGUUGAAUACCCAGUACAUAUGCAGAAAAUGCUAGCCGAAAAAGCUUGGUAUGAAUCAUAUGACGCAAAAAGAAUAAUCGUAAGAGAAGGUCAUGUGCCCAUGUGCUUUUACUUUCUCUUAACAGGAUCGGGAGUUGUUUCAGCAAUGGACAGAAAGACUAAUGUAAGAAAGACGAUAAUGUACCUUAGCAGAGGAGAUAGUUUUGGGGAACAAGCCAUUAUGACAAGAUCUUUACGACAAACAACAGUCAUAUCAAGAGAUAGAAUAGAACUAUUAACAAUUUCAGAUACCGAUUUUGUUGACAUUUUCAUGUCAGGUGGGUUACGGGAUCCCAAUGAUCCAUUUCUAAGGUCUUUAGAAUUCCUCAAAGAAUGGCCAGUGGAGCUAUUAUCUGAUAAUCCGAAGAAGGCAAUUUUCAGUUAUUUCAAGCGGCAGACAGUGUUAGUGGCAGAUAGCCAAAAAAACGAUUGGAUUUUCGUAGUAAAAUCUGGAAGCUGUAGUAUACUGAAGAAAUUAGAACCAGUAGCUCCGAAAAAAUCUCUAACUAAGGCCGCAAAACAACGCACAUGGAGAGAAAAUGUUGUUGGGGCUAUGGAUCAGGAUAAAAGCUUGUCACAUAACGAGCAACUUGCAUUGAUGUGUGAAGAAGAGAUUAAACGAUUGGAAGAGAAAAAUGCUAAUAUUCAUUAUUAUGCCUUGCCUGAAAUCAACGUUGCAACAAAUGCUGCCUAUUCCCAACUACGACAAGAACAUGAUAAAAUUGUUAACCAAAAUACCAUCACCCGAGCUUUACACGACUUGGAAAGUAUGAAUUUAGAUGAAGAGAAAAUGGCCAGUGUGACUGGAUCAAAGAACGAGUUAAUUCCUCCGCCAGUCCAAAGGCGUAAAAUGUCUCUUGUAGAUCUCAGUAAUCUGAUGUUAAAGACACCUUUUCUGAAAGCUCCGGGCCAUUCUGCUUCAACAGAACGUAAGAAUGAUUCCAUUGUUUAUCCUGUAACGACUACAGAAAAUGAAGAAGACGAAGAGGAGGAGGAACGACCAUCUACAGCUUCGACGAGAAAAGAUUUGCAAGAUGACGACAAAGAAGCAGAGAAAGCACCAAUAUUUGUUAAUGUGUAUACUUUAACAAAAGGAGAUGUUUUUGGUUUACAAGACGUUGUUUUUGACAACCAAACAUCUUUAAGUCUUGUUAGUAAUGGUGUCGAAGUUAUAAUGAUUCAUAAAAAGUUCUUUACAGAUCAACUUAACGUCUCACAAUUUGUGAGAUUACGUGAAAAGAUUUAUCCAUAUCCUUCUGAAGAGAAGUUAAAACAGGAUUUGACUGACCGUGUAUCAUGGGACUACCAGAAGAAAACAGCUUUUCUAAAUGCUCUUAGAAAUGCUGCAAUAAGAAAACAAAAUAUUCACGAUGCUCGGUCACACCUGACAAUACCCCCAGUUGUGGUUUGAGAUCAUUCGCACGUUCACUUGCCGAUUUACCGCCAGUUUUGUUUUCCUGAAUACUCAGUGUUAUCACACAAGUGCUAUA